AUGCUGGGGGGUCCCAGAGUCCUCCAAGCCCCUCCUGCCGCCAUCUUCCUCCUCUUCUGGAUCUCAGCUGCUGGCCUGGGCCCCUGGGGCCAGGCCCUGUGGGUGGGCCCAGGCUUGCCCUCCCUGACGGUGAGAUUGGGGGAGAAGGCCCGCCUCGAGUGCCCGCACAGGGUCAGCAGACCCAACAGCCACCCAAAAGUCACCUGGUGGCUCGCCCUACCAAGCAACUACAGCUACCCAGCGAAGCGUCUGGAAUUCCAGACCAGCGAGGAGCUGAUCAUCCAUCAGGUCAACAAGAGCCACUGGGGCUUGUACUACUGCGAGGUGGAGGACGGGAACCAGACCAAGCGCUCCUGCGGCACCUACCUCCGAGUGCGUGAUCCACCCCCCAAACCCUUCCUGGACAUGGGAGAGGGCACCAAGAACAACAUCAUCACCGCGGAGGGGAUCAUCCUGCUGGUCUGCGCUGUGGUGCCCGGGAUGCUGCUGCUGUUCAGGAAACGAUGGCAGAACCUGAAGUUUGACGUGGAUACCCGGGACGACUAUGAGGAUGAAAAUCUUUAUGAGGGCCUGAACCUCGAUGACUGCUCCAUGUACGAGGACAUCUCCCGUGGCCUCCAGGGCACCUACCAGGACGUGGGCAGCCUCCACAUCGGAGAUGUCCAGCUGGAGAAGCCGUGAUCUGAGGGCAGCCCGCCUGCCGUGC